AUGAUUGACGUCUCACGGCAGAGGAGGUCGUUCCUACAGGAUACGACUGCCUUGGAUCAUCUGCCCCCGGAUUUGCUCGACAUUAUCCGGAACACGUCGUCGACGAACCUUCUGGAUGCCAUCUCACAGGCGGCUCUCAUUCCGUCACUUACAGAGAGAAUCUUCGUCCAUUUCGAGGAUGCUUUCCCCGACAUUUGCGCACGAUGGAUCCUCAACGCCGGCAAUGACGCGACGAGGCAAAUACGAUGUGCCUCCGCCUUUUCUAAACUUUUGCCUUUUGCACCCUACCUCUCCAGUUUCCUCACAUGUUCUGUGCAUGAUGCCGCAUCUCUGAAUCAGCCUCCGUCCCUGCAUUUAAUAGUACCCUCGGUUGAGGAGAGCUCGUCGUCUGGCUUAAGCGCAGAUGUCUUGCUGGAGAGCCUUAUAACAGCUUGGCGACUUCUAAACUUUGACAUUCGGACCUUCAGUCACUUGGCCUCGCUGUCGUACAUCCAGAGCCUGUUCAACCAUGAGUGCCGGGCCGUCAGAUACGUCGCAAUUCGCAUCUUUUGCCAAUUGCUUCGCGCAUCUGAUUUCAAGCUCGAAACUCUUGUUGACGCCCAUGUUGGAAAGGAAGCGGCCAUUAUCGCCGACCUGGAUGGCGUUUCCAUCGAUUACGUUUUCUUGUCGCUACAUGAGCAUCGCCGAACGAAACGACUCAUCGCACUACGCCAAGAGGUGAAGCAGCAUGGAAAUGGGCAGAGCCAUGUCCAAGAACCCUGUAUGCAAAGCCUCACCCCAUAUGUCGUACCGUAUGGGGAAGUCGUUCUCCCGCGACCAGCUGGUCCCAUAGGCGACCCCUCAAGUUUGACCAUGACAGCUACGACGACUACGAAUCUGGAGAAACUUGCCUCCAUGCUUCGAGAGACAGAUCCGAUCCUCCUCCAUGGCCUACCCGGGGUGGGAAAGACCGCAUUGGUGCAUGAGAUUGCGCGACAGCUCGGCAUGUACUCCAACAUGGUCACUCUGCAUCUCAACGAGCAAACCGAUGCCAAGAUGCUCAUUGGCCUUUAUUCGACGGACUCGAAGCCCGGGAGCUUCCAAUGGCGCGCAGGCGUGCUCACCACUGCUGUGAAGGAGGGUCGCUGGGUGCUAGUCGAAGAUCUCGACCGCGCCCCGACAGAAGUUCUCAGCACUCUUUUGCCACUCAUUGAACGCAAUGAGCUUCUUAUUCCCAGCAGAGGGGAGAGUAUACGGGCAGCAAAAUCUUUUCGACUCUUUGCCACAGUCCGGUCGUCUCAGGGCAUAAAGGUCCAGAAGAAUCUGCCGAAUUUAGUGGGAAUUCGCUUCUGGCAAUCCCUCUUCGUCGAACCCCUAAUGCAAACGGAACUUGAGGAAGUUGUUCUCAAGACCUACCCCAUAUUAACAAAGUUUGUUCCCGGAAUACUCGCUGUCCACCAGCGGCUAUCGCAGAUGAGUGGCAACCUGGCGCUCAUGUCUCGUGGACGAAGUGUGAUGGACCGUCAGAUGAACUUGCGAGAUCUUCUCAAGUGGUGUCGGAGAAUGCGAGAGUGUCUCCUGACUGCAGGAUCAAUUUCGGGCGACGAGCCGAUUAGUGAAAGCACGCGGGAUUGGAUGUUCAUGGAAGCCCUGGACUGUUUCGUUGGAAGUUGUCCCGACGCCGAGCUGGGUAAACACCUUGUUUACGCCAUCGCAGAGGAGAUGCAUAUGUCCAAAGAUCGGGCAGACCAUUACCUGUCUGCCAAUAUACCCCCUUUGGACGACAUGGAACUCACCUUUAGCAUUGGCCGAGCCCAACUUCGAAAAAAGCGGACGUCCCGACUGUUAAAGUCGAAGCGGCCGUUUGCCAGCACCGCCCAUGCAAAACGACUUUUGGAACAAAUUGGCGUGGCAGUCAAACUGCAGGAGCCGGUGUUGCUCGUUGGAGAGACCGGUAUUGGCAAAACCACCGUCGUGCAACAGCUCGCAGAGUCCCUCGGCCACAAACUUAUCGCCGUGAACCUGUCCCAACAGAGUGAAGUGGGCGAUUUGCUUGGCGGAUUCAAACCCGUCAACGUCCGAAGUCUUGCCGUUCCUCUGAAAGAAGAGUUCGAGGACUUGUUUGCCGCCACUGGCAUUUCUUCAUCCAAAAACGUCAAGUACCUGGAGCAGAUAAGCAAAAGCUUCGCAAAGGGCCAAUGGUCGAAGCUGGCUAAGCUAUGGAAAGAAGCGCCAAAAAUGUUCGUCAAGAUAGUAUCGGAACUGGAGCGCAUGCAUUCCGAGGCCAAGGAAGAGGACGAACAGCGCGCCAAACGACGGAAAACGCAGUCCAAACUGCAAUCUCUCCUUGAAUUGCGACCGAGAUGGGACUUGUUUGCUCGCAGCCUCGAACAGUUCGAGAUCAAUAUUUCUGGAGGAUCUGGCGCCUUUGCCUUCUCCUUCGUGGAAGGAAACCUCGUCAAGGCCGUCCGCAAUGGCGACUGGGUGCUGCUGGAUGAAAUCAACCUCGCCUCCCCGGACACGCUGGAGAGUAUUGCCGACCUCUUGACGGGGCCGGAUGAGCGUCCCUCCAUUUUGCUUUCGGAAACGGGCGAGAUCGAAAAGAUUGUCGCGCAUCCCGACUUUCGCAUUUUCGGUGCCAUGAAUCCCGCCACUGAUAUUGGCAAGCGAGACCUGCCCAUUGGUAUCCGGUCACGGUUUACGGAGCUAUACGUCAAGAGCCCAGACACAGAUCUCAAGGAUCUGCUCACCAUCAUCAAAAUUUACUUGGGCAACAGCAGCUCCAAGCACGACCAAGCGGCAGACGACAUAGCACGACUCUACGUCAACACCAAGAGGAUGGCUGAUGAAAAGCGGCUGGUUGACGGCGCAAAUGAAGUACCUCAUUUUAGCUUGCGAACGUUAACUCGUGUGCUGAGCUAUGUCAACACCAUCGCCCCCCUCUAUGGCAUACGACGAGCCCUUUACGAGGGAUUCUCCAUGGGCUUUUUGACUCUAUUGAGUCGUGAGUCCGAAACGAUGCUUCUUCCGCUUAUCUUUCACCAUCUCCUUGAUAAGCACGGAAACCCUCAAGCACUUCUUUCUCAGGCGCCAAAGUACCCAAACGAUGGCAAACGUCACGUCAAGUUCCAGAACAAGGAUAAGGAUCGGCAGUACUGGCUCUUCCAGGGUGAGGAGACUCCUAUUGAAAGGGAUGACUACAUCAUUACCCCGUACGUGGAGCGGAAUCUUCUGAACCUGGUUCGUGCCACUUCAACAAGGCGAUUCCCGAUAUUGAUUCAGGGCCCCACCUCUGCGGGCAAGACGAGCAUGAUUGAGUACUUGGCCAACUUCACGGGCAACCGUUUCGUACGCAUCAAUAAUCACGAUCACACUGACCUUCAAGAAUACCUGGGCACAUAUGUCUCCGGUCCGGAUGGAAAGUUACGGUUCCAGGAGGGCCUUCUCGUUCAAGCCAUGAGAUGCGGCCAUUGGAUUGUUCUGGAUGAACUUAACUUGGCACCAACCGACGUCUUGGAGGCAUUGAACCGUCUACUCGAUGACAACCGCGAACUUCUCAUCCCAGAAACUCAGGAAGUCGUCAGGCCCCACGAGAACUUUAUCCUGUUUGCCACCCAAAACCCUGCUGGACUAUAUGGCGGCCGGAAGGUGCUCUCUAGGGCAUUCCGAAACAGAUUCCUCGAGUUGCACUUUGAUGACAUCCCGGAAGACGAGCUGGAAUAUAUUCUGCAGCAACGCAGUCGCAACACCUCACCACCAGAUUGCCGACGAAUUGUGUCCGUAUACAAAGAGCUCUCCAGGCUUCGCCAGACGAGUAGACUAUUUGAGCAGAAGGAUAGUUUUGCAACUCUGAGAGACUUGUUCCGCUGGGCUCUCAGAGGCGCGGAUACGAGGGAAGAAAUCGCUGCCCACGGUUUCAUGCUGCUCGCUGAACGAGUUCGAAACCAGGAGGAGCGAAUUAGCGUCAAGGAGGUCAUCGAAAAGGUAUUCAAAGUCAAGCUUGAUCCCCAGGAGCUCUAUUCUGCAGAUGUUGCGCCAGAACUCCAGCACCUCACUCAAAGGCAAAACGGCCAAGGUGUUGUUUGGACCCACGCAAUGCGACGACUGUAUGUUCUUGUUUCACGAGCGCUUCGGAACAAUGAGCCAGUUCUUUUGGUAGGUGAGACGGGCUGCGGCAAGACGACUGUUUGCCAACUCCUUGCCGAGGCUCUGCAAAAAGAGUUGCAUAUUGUCAACGCUCAUCAAAAUACCGAGGCUGGAGACCUGAUUGGCUCCCAACGACCUGUUCGUAACCGUGGCGCCAUCCUGGACGCCCUAGAUGCCGACCUGAGAAUUGUUUUCGAUACAUUGGGGCUGGAGGCUCCAAUCUCGGUAGAGGAAAAGCUAGAGGCAUAUAGGUCUCUUGACAAGUCAUUGGCUGCCAACGUUCCCGUGGAGCUCACCAAACGCAUCCUGGUAAACGAAACCAGAGCCAAUUCUUUAUUCGAGUGGUCCGAUGGAGCCCUUGUUGAGGCGAUGAGGUCUGGCCACUUCUUUCUCCUCGACGAGAUUUCACUCGCAGAUGAUUCAGUCUUGGAAAGACUCAAUUCUGUGCUGGAACCCCAGCGCUCGUUGCUCCUGGCGGAGAAGGGAGUCGACAACUCUUUUGUUGUGGCUUCUGACGGAUUCCAGUUCUUUGCAACCAUGAAUCCUGGCGGUGAUUUCGGCAAAAAAGAACUCUCCCCUGCCCUGCGCAAUCGUUUCACCGAAAUCUGGGUGUCCCCGCUCUCGGAAAGUGAGGAUAUCCACGAAAUUGUCAGGGAGAAGCUCGUCGAUAGGUCAAAGCAUCUUGUGGAUUCCAUGGUUCAAUUUGCCGUUUGGUUUGGAAAGGCAUUCAGGCCGAUGGCAACUACGCCCUUCUCUGUGAGAGAGAUUCUGGCUUGGGUGCAGUUUGUCAACACUUUCGAGAGCGCCGAUCCAUUGAUUUCCCUUGUUCACGGCGCCUCUGCUAUAUUCGUCGACAGCAUUGGUGCAAACCCGUCAGCAAUCCUCGCAACAGACCUCAGUUCUGUCCAGCAACAGAGACGUGAAUGUCUUGUGAAGCUGGGGGAACUCUUGGGUCGCAAUGUAUUGGAAAUAUACGAAUCAGAGCCUCAGCUGGUGAUGACAGACGACUCCCUGUCUAUCGGAAGCUUCAGCACGCCUCGCAAACCGACCGGGGCAACCGACCCUGGUUUUGCCUUUCACGCGCCGACGACAAGACUAAAUGCCAUGCGAGUUGUCCGAGCACUUCAGAUGCGCAGGCCGAUCCUGCUUGAGGGCAGUCCUGGAGUAGGAAAGACGUCCCUGAUUGCAGCAAUCUCUCAGGUCUGCGGUCGGCCUUUGACGCGGAUUAACCUGUCUGAUCAGACCGACUUGAUGGACUUGUUUGGGACAGACGUGCCCGUUGAAGGAGAGGAAGCCGGAAACUUUGCAUGGAGGGACGCGCCAUUCUUGCAAGCGAUGCAAAAGGGUGAAUGGGUUCUCCUCGACGAGAUGAACCUCGCCUCGCAAUCUGUCUUGGAGGGUCUGAAUGCAUGCCUUGACCAUCGUGGCGAGGUCUAUAUUUCAGAACUCGACCAAGUCUUUAAGCGCCAUCCCGAUUUUCGACUAUUCGCUGCCCAGAACCCCCAUCAUCAAGGAGGAGGCCGCAAGGGACUGCCGGCUUCCUUCGUGAAUCGCUUCAUUGUUGUGUAUGCCGAUGUCUUCAAAGACAAGGACCUCAGGCUCAUUGCGUCUCACAACUUCCCCAAACUCUCAUCCGAUACUGUGGGGCAUCUGAUCGAUUUCAUUUCCCGCAUCGAUCACCAGCUUGCGAUCGACAAGACGUUCGGUGUGCAAGGCGGACCCUGGGAGUUCAACCUUCGUGACGUUCUCCGAUGGUUGAACCUGAUGAAUUCUUCCGAUCCUCUGUUGCAGACCGCUCGCAUUGACGACUUUUUGGACAUCAUUAUACGACAACGAUUCCGCACUCAGAAAGACCGAGCAGAGGUGGACAGGCUCUUUGGUCACGUUGUCGGAUGGGAGCCUCGAACGCACCACCUCUAUCAUGACAUCAACUCACGAUUUGGCCAAGUCGGCUUAGCUCUCCUGAGUCGGAACCUCAACUCUCAGCCUGAGCAGCUGCCUGCCAUCGACGUCGUAUGCAGGUUGUCAGAGCUAGAAUCCCUCAUGAUUUGCGUGGAACAGAACAUUCCCUGUAUUCUGAGCAGCCCAUCUGGCUAUGGGAAGUCUGCGCUCUUGCGAUACGUUGCCGCGUUGGCGGGAAAGCCCCUGGUCGUGUUUCCCAUGAAUGCCGACAUUGAUACCAUGGAUCUUGUUGGUGGCUUUGAGCAGGCCGAUCCUCUCCGGGAGAUCAAUGCCACACUCAGAAACCUUCGAAACUACCUUCAGGAAUCCGUCAUGUCGCUUGUACCGUCAAUUGCACCUGCCGAAGUCCUACAGCUGCUGCAUCGUCUGGAUGUUUAUUUGGGGGAUGGCCACAACAUCGAUACCGUCAAGACCGCGAUGCAGUCCCUUUUAGCUCGUGUCGCGGCCGAUACAGAAGUUGCCGUUGAACUUACCAAAGCGUAUCAAAUUGUCCAAGGCCCGCUCACUCUCGCAAAUCCUCGAUUUGAGUGGCUUGAUGGUGUCAUAAUCAAGGCCCUGGAGAUGGGUCAAUGGCUUGUCCUUGACAACGCAAACAUGUGCAACGCAUCUGUUCUUGACCGCCUGAACUCCCUCCUCGAACCCAAUGGAUUCUUGAGCAUCAACGAACACUGCGACCAGAAUGGCAAGCCGAGAAUCAUCAAACCACAUCCGGAGUUUAGAAUAUUCUUGACAAUGGAUGUACGAUACGGCGAACUCUCACGCGCUAUGAGGAAUCGUGCAAUUGAAAUCCACAUCCAUUCGCCACCACCGGACAUUGAGCCAAGUUUUGAAAGAAUUUCGAGCAUAGAGAGCAGACUUCAAAGGUACCAACAAGUGAGGGAACACUGCGAACAGUUCAUGUCGGACGGCACUCCUUCCGAGGCCUGCCAUGUAGCUGUGGAAAAUCUGUCGCUACAAGAUGUGUCGUUGCUGCCACGUUUUGUGGAUGAGCCCGGCAGACUUGCCUGCGAUGAGAACUUGCUACAGCCAGUCCACCAGCUGUUGCAGUUUUUCCGAUCCCCAAUUGGAUCGGAUAGCCUUCGAGCCGUCAUGGAUGCGGAUUCACGCCUACCUUGCAACCCCUCCACAGGGUUCUCGAACGUCCAACCUAUUCAUAUCUUGAACAACUCCAACGUUUCGAAGCUGCUAGCGAAUGAAGGUGAGCCGCAUUGGAUCGCUGCUCGAUACGAAAUCUCGUACCGAAUCUACAGCCUGCAAGUAGCCAUCGAAAAGCAUCAUGUGCAUGCCCGCUCGUCCAAGCUAGCAUCGUUAUCUCGAUUGCAACGGUCGUUGGUCAGCGACCGUGUUGCAGUCGUAGCAAAAGAUUCGACGGUGAGACUGGCCGCAUUUUUCCUGGCUGCGAUCAAUUUAAGUGUGAAAUACAUGGGCUCCAUUUCCACCACUUUUGAAGCCUGGAAAGAGCGCUCUCAUCUUUUACGACUCAUCAGUCUCUACCUGGAGCGAACGCUGACAAUCUCUACCGACAUCGAUUUUGAUGAGGCAAUAUUUCAAGCGCAUCUAGCCCUCGGAACUAAUAUGUUGAACCUUCAAGGCAACAUCGUCAACAGUCAUCAAGACUCGGAGUUUGUUUCGACCAUGGCCAAGCAGCUGAGAGGGGACUUUCAUAGCGGCUUCAAGCUCUCGACCGGUUUAAGCAUGGAAACAUUGUGGAAUGUAUUGCGGCCGGUGCCUAUUCCUAAUCGGAUGGUACUUGAUCGGUUGCUUGAACUUGACCGAUUGGGCUCAAGAUUUGACGCCAUUCGCUGGAAAGCUAUUGCUUCUGUUGCUGACCUUUCCAAGGCACAAAGGACGCUCGAGCAAGCGUAUGGGAUCGUCCGCGCCGAGCAGACUGCAGCAGAUGUGCUUGUGAAUGACCUUACCGCGGCCAUUGAAAUGCUCGAGAGUCGCAUUGGUGAGCAGGAGAACGAGUUGAGACCUUUUUUGGCUACUGAGUUCGAGAGCAUCCGACAAACGUCCAUGCUUCGCUAUCUCACCCAAUGCCAAGAAGGUAGAGUGCAGGACGAACUCAAUAUUUUGUCCAACGUCCCGACAAAGGCAACAAUGCUGCUUGCAAGUUCUCAAGGAUCAGCGGCCACUCUGCAAUCGAUUGACUGCCUUGUUUAUCAGGACAUUUUCUCUUGGGACGGAAAACUUACGACAUCCCUGUGGAGUAAGUUGCAGAGCAUGGGUGGUGUAAGCCUCCGGUCACUCGCCUUGCUUGAAUCCGAACUUCCAGUUAUUGGACGAUGCAUCUCAGGUCUAAGUACCGAGAUAAUUGUGGAUUCUCUGGGGUAUCUGAAUACCUUGCUUCAGACACUCCUGGAGCAAGUCUUCGUUGCUCACGGUCCACAUCUCAAAGACUUCGUCGCAGCAGUGGACUCGCAUACCUUUGAUCAUUCUCAUUCAACCUCAAAAAUUGCUCGGGAUGGGCUGGACCAGGACAACCACGUUUUCGAUAGUCUCAUCGAAACUAUUGAUACAGACCAUCUUCGACAGAUCGCUCGGAACCAUCUCAUUCCUGCCAUUGUUGGCAUGAAAUUAUCCGCGAGUAAUCUGGAGAAGUCAGGAUAUUUCUCUGCCUUGGCUUGGGUUCAUUUCAGUGUUGGACUUAUCAAGCUAUAUGUGCCGGACCGGGCCUUUGAUCCUCAACUUCGCCCCAAAGCGGAGCUCGAAUUCUUCGACAGUUUACAGACCGAGAUACAAGGCAAAAUUUUGGCCCUGAAGGCAUUUGAGCAAUGCUUCACGGGACAAUCUACAAGCAUCCGAAUCGAGUUGCUCGAACAGGAGCUUGCAGAGCUUGGGCCUCCGCCUCAGCAGGUUCAGCCUGUGUUCAGACCAGAGCGUUCUGAACUUGGCAGGGUGCAGGCCGAAUUUUCCAAUAUUCUCAAUACCGUAAAACGUCAAUGCUUACCCCCAGUGUUGCAGUUCCUGGACUCAGGUCCAUCUGGAGAUGACGAUGGUGGGCUGCAACUUGUUCGAGAGAAUGUCAAGCAACUUGUGGACCGCCUUUCUUCUACACGCUUUGAGCCAUAUCAAGACAUGACCAGGCCUGCGGUAAACGCUCUGCGCUGUCUUCUCGUGGGGUUAUCUCUGUGUCACACAGCCAAAGCUCAGUACCUGGAGUUCUCGACAGAAGAACUAACCAAAGCAACACCAUUCUUUGGGGGCCAAAGUUGGGAUGUGUCCCCUGGAAAGCUGUCCUCUAAGAGCUUCGAGUACCUUGACCUCGUUGCUGCGAGGGUGUCUGUUGAAACUUUGGAUAGUCUCUGUCACACCUCCCGUGAUCAUUUAUUCGAGUGUUUCCACAGCUUCUACGACGAUUGGGAUAAGAAGCUUGAAAAAGACCGCAAAGCGCAAACGGCCAACACCAGCCUUUAUCGAUUCCGUGGAGCACUGGAGGACGAGGAGGAACUUGACGAGAGGGAAUUCAAUGAAUUGUUUCCAACAUUCGGUGAUGAUGAUUCAACAGACCAGCGAAACAUCAAGCCAGAUGAAGUUCGCAGCAUGUCGUUGAAAGUUGCAGGAGUCCACAACAGGAUAUUUCUCGAGAGACAAGAUCCUGUGGCUGCGAUACGAGGUGCCUGCAUCUCCUUGGGCCAACGCAUCUCCAACGAGACGCAAAACGCCUCAAACAUCGACUUCAGCAUCAACGAGAAGCUUUUGGCCCCCACGGUGCUGCUGCUCAGCGAGAAGCUCGUGGAGCUGCAAAAGGCAGGCAUGGACAAGUCUUACAACUUCUAUCUGGACCCCAACCUUCCGGAAGCUCGAGGUUUGGUUUCACUUGCAUACAAGAUCAAGGCCCGAUUCCGGGAACUGCAGCUGGUGGACGAAAUUGGCCAUAUGCAGCCUCUGGCAGAUGUUCUAAACUCCUGCGACAAGCUUCUGGAUCAAGUUCAUGGGGAGCCACUGGCAAAGAUCCUACCAAACGUGGAACAGCUACACGCGCUUGUCUACGAGUGGCAGUUUGGAGGAUGGGCCAGCAAAGUUUACGCCGUCUUACCACUUCAUGAUGCUCUUACCGACACUAUCGUUCGCUGGCGUCGCUUGGAGUUGUCGACAUGGGCAAAUCUGUUCGACACGGAGCAAAAGAAAUGCCAAGACGAUGCCUACUCUUGGUGGUUUGUCGCUUAUCAAGUCGUCAUCGCUGUUCCACUGUCCAUGGUCGACAAGCCGUCGGAACUUUGCGUGUACGCCACGUCUCUCAUUGAGAAUCUUGAAAUUUACUUUUCAAGCUCCAUUGUCGGUCAAUUCAGGACGCGCGUCGCGCUUCUGAGGCAGCUGCUAGGCCAUCUGUCCCUUCUUGUCAAGGACUAUCCAUCGUUGGACCCCAUCUGUCAUGCUGUGAGGAAUUUCAUCGACUACUACACACGAUUUGAGCAGGCUACCGACGAUGUUAUUCAGAAAGGCCGGGCGCCGAUCGAGAAGAAGAUGAAGGAUGUGCUACUCAUGGCCAGUUGGAAGGAUACCAACAUAAACGCCCUCCGUGAGAGUGCCCGAAAGUCUCACCAGAAACUUUUUAGGAUGGUCCGCAAGUUCCGCAGCGUUCUGGGGCAAGAAAUGAAGACCAUUGUUGUGCAAGGCCUCCCGGACGAAAGCAUGGUCUCAAAUGGAACAGAAACUGUGGAGUUUAUUACAACCACGGCCAAGGAAGUUCAGUCUGAAACGUUAAAUCAGGCUCUGCCUGGUUGGUUGGAGGCCCAUCGGCGACUUGCUAAUGUGUCUAUGACAGUGUCGGUUCUGGAGAAGAUCAUGAAGAAUCCAGAUAUGAAAUGCAACGCCGCUGAUACCCUUGACGAGUUUGUUUCCGGCCUGCUUUCGGCCAUGGCUGAACUUCGGAGAGAAACGCCCUCAUUCCUGAACGACGAAAACAAAGAUGUAGUGAAGCAUUUGAAGACUCGGAAGCGAAAGCUUUUCGCGGAUACACUGCGAGACUUGCGGAACAUGGGACUUAAAUACAACCUGGCACAAGACAAGCUAGCGGGGCAGAAGUCCCUGGCCGUCGUGCUUGCAACAACCCCCCUAAUCGAGCUACCCUCGAGCGCCCUGAAGGAGGCCGAAUACCUUUUCCACAAAACCCUUGAUCUUGUCCCGAGGGCCCGAGGUGCAGCACAGGAGCAUUCCGAGGAAUUGACUAGUGCUGAGGUCGGACGAAGCCUUGGCUUUGUCGAAGGCAUGAUUAACUUCACUCUCAUGCAACGGAGCAGUCUUGCCGCAGCAGCCACCUCGUUGUCAUCACUGCUAAAGACGGCUCAGGAGUUCCGAGAUCUCUCCAAUAUACAGAAGAUUGGAAAGCUGGUUCGGCGAGAGCGCAGUGGCAACUGGCGCCGCCUCCUCCAUUGGCUGGCGCCGAUACUCGGGAUUGGUACUCGACUGGUGCAGGCACAUGAAAGAUUGGGGCAGGUGAACCAUGACGGCGUGGUUAAAGAGCUAGAAAACUGGUCUCAUCGCUUUUCGGCCCACCUGACCACUCUCAAACAGCUGGGUAGGCUUCCAGAACAGCUAGUCUCUGAGGCAGACAAAGCUCUGGAAUCAUCCUUUGUCGGAGAUCUGAAGCUCUUCCAGGCGGCUUUGGAACGCUUUAUUCAGGACAGAUCUAGCCUCGGAUUCAUUCUCCGGCAGCUUCAAGUCUGGACCACAACCUCGAGCCUACCUCUGGAUCACCCGCAAGCCCCCGCGGCAGAACUUGUUCAAUUUGCCGACUCGGUGGCAACUCUGACUGACACCAUACUUGUCGCGGUUGAGAGCGCGACGAAAAAGGUCGCCAAGGGUCCAAAGGAGGAGGAAGCGGGUUGGCUGAAUAAACACAACGAUGCAUGCUUCUCGACGAUCAGACAUCUGCACAUGCAAAAAGUUGAGAUGACCGUUCGCAACUGCAUCGAUCUUAUGCAGCAGCUCGACUUCAGCAUGCACAAUAGUAGCGUCGCCGCAAUGAGUAUUGUUGGCCUAGCGACUCCAAUUCUAGAACACUUUGCUGCCUUGUGUUGCCGGUCCGUCGAGCAAGGCGUAGAUCUGCACCGCGCAACUGCGAACAUGGCACAUACCCUAACCAAGACCUUCACGCAGAUUGCAUCUCAAGGAUUCUGCACACCCCAAGAAAAAUCGGACGAAACGGCGGGUGAUGGUGGUCAACUUGAGUCUGGUACCGGCCUUGGUGAUGGAGAAGGUGCCGAAGAUAUAAGCAAGGAUAUUCAGCCUGACGAGGACCUCUCCGAGCUGGCACAGGAGAAAAACAAGGAAGAAAGCGGAGAAUUAGAAGAUGAAAAAGACGCCGUGGAUAUGGCAGACGAAGAUAUGGAGGGAGAAAUGGGCAGCGUUGGAGAGGCCGAGGAUGAUGACGAAGGCUCGCAAAAAGGGGAUGAGGAGGAGGAGGACAAUGAGAUGGACGAAGAGGCCGGUGAUGUCGACGACUUGGACCCAACGGCGAUAGACGAGAAGAUGUGGGAUGGCGGCGACGACAAGGCAGAGAAGGACCAGAAAGGCGACAAAGAAGCCGGCCAAAAGCAAGAGGAUGAGCAGAUGGCCGCUGAUGAUAAGCCCCAAAAAGAUGAGGGCGAACGGGAUGACGACGUCGCGCGGGCAGAGGAGCCGCAAGCGAAUGAGGAAGAGGCCUCUGACGAUGCCGAGGAAGAAGAGGCCGAGGAUGAAGACGUCACGGCCCAAGAAGAACUCAAUCGGCAAGACCAAAACGUGCAGGAGAACGAUGCGCUGGAGCUUCCGGAGGAGAUGGAUUUGGAUUUUGACGAGCCAGAUGACGCCUCGGAUAGCGAUGAACUGGAUCUCAUGUCAGAUGUCGAGGAGAAUGAGAGGCCCGAAGAUGAGCAAAAGAAUGAAGACGACGGGGAAGAGGAGGAGGUGGACAAUGCCGCCGCGCAGCAAUUGGAACAGGCUGCCGAGGAGGAAGAUGAGAAGGGAAGCGAGGCUGAUGUCGAGGACAAGGCUGGCAGCAAUGAGGUACAGGACGAACCAGAAGCAGAUGAAGUGGAGGACGAGCCCAAGCAGGACGAGGAACAGAGCGAGCAAGCGCCUCCGUCGAAGGACAAUGCGAACGCCGACAUGGAUAAUGCGGCGCCCAGCGAGGUGAAGAGCUCCGGGCUCGACCAGAACGCAGACUCGAUGGACGUAGAUGAGCAGUUUCAAGCGCAGGCAGCGCAGCAGGAGCACGGAGAAAUGGGCGAAAGUGCAGCUGAUCAGGACACGAGCGCGGGUAGCAAGGGUGCGACUACUCGGUCCAACGAUCCGAUCGAGAAGCGGGACGAAGAAGUCGACGGCGCCGAGUCGGCACGGAGUGAUCCAUUCCGGAAGCUCGGAGAUGCGCUCGAGAAGUGGCAUCGUCAACAAGCGGAUAUCCAUAACGCCAACCCGGAGGAUGACAGUCAGCAACAGCAAGCGGAGCAAAAGGAAGAUGGUGACCUAGGUCGUCGAGAGUUUCAGCAUCUUCAAGACGAUGAGGCCGCAGCGGACACGCAAGCGAUGGGCACGGCCGAAGAGGAGGACGUGCGACCGGUGGACGAAAGCAUGGCGAUCGACGACGAAAGGGAGGAUGCCACGAGCCGGCUGAUGAAGGAGGAGUCCGAGCCGGCGGAAGCUGAAGAUGCAGACAAGAUGGACACGGAGGGCGAAUCGGCCGAGGCGGCCGCAGCCAACAGCGAGGAAGUAGACAAGGAGAGAUCGGGCGUCCAGACGAAGCAGGGAAAUAACGGCAAUGAGAGGACGGCGAAGGACGACGAAGACGAAGAAGAAUUGGACGCUGCGGAGGAGGAGGAUGAGUCACUUGAGGAGACAUCGACGCAGCUUUCAGCGACGCACCUCUCGGACGACGAGCGGCCACUCCGCGAGUAUGGAGAGUGCAUGCGGCAGUGGAGCGAGUUCCAGAGCAAGUCGCAGGCACUCUCGCUCUCGCUGACUUCGCAACUUCGUCUCAUCCUCACACCGUCGCAGUCGACGAAGCUGUCAGGGUCGUUCCGGACCGGCAAGCGACUGAACAUCAAGCGGAUCAUCCCGUACAUCGCGUCGAGCUACAGGCGGGACAAGAUCUGGAUGCGACGCGCGAUCCCCACGAAGCGAACGUACCAGAUCCUGCUGUGCGUCGACGACAGCAAGAGCAUGGGCGAGUCGUCGUCGGGAAGGCUCGCGAUGGAGUCGCUCGUCAUGGUGUCCCGGUCGUUGACGAUGCUCGAGGCAGGCCAGGUGGGCGUGGUCGGGUUCGGAGCCGACGUGUUUACGGCUCACGACUUGGCGACGCCUUUCGCGGCCGACGCCGGCGGCAAGGUGCUGCAGAAGUUUUCCUUUGGGCAAGACCGGACCGACAUUGCGCAGCUGAUCCGGCAGACGAUCGACACGUUCCGGACGGCGAGACAGUCGGGCGGCCAGUCGGACCUCUGGCAGCUGGCGCUGAUUCUAUCGGACGGCCUCACGCCGUCGGCGGCUCACGACCCGAUCCGGCGGCUGCUGCGGGAAGCCAUGGAGGAGCGCAUCAUGAUCGUCUUCAUCAUCAUGGACGACACGGGCAAGAAGAAGGGGGACAGCGUGCUGGAGCUCAAGGAGGCCAAGUUUGUGCGCGAGGCUGACGGGGAGAGCAGGGUGGUGAUUGAGCGAUACCUGGACACGUUCCCCUUUCAGUACUACCUGAUUGUGCACGACCUUGAGGAGCUGCCGAGCGCCCUGGCCGGGCUGCUGAGGACGUGGUUUGCCGAGGUUUCAGCGUGA